AUGCAUGACAUUCUCGGCGAAUAUUCUGUCCUACUAGCCACCGGAGAAAUUCACAAGAAACUAAAGAAUGUUAUUAUCAGCUUCAUCAAGGUCACAAAGUCAAAAGCCGAGUUUCUUCUCUUCGCAGAGAACCUCUCUAUCUCGAUGCUAGAGUCAUGGAAACAUUGUCCCGAAAUCAAACUCCAUAAAGAAGUUAAAUGGUAA